CUUUUCGAAAGUAUUCUGCUCUUCUAUCCUCUACUGAGGUAUACUGCAAUCUGUGCCGUCUCUCCAAAGUUCCGUCUUUUAUGGUCACCAUGACGUAAACCUUGUCGCUCGGAACAAUCUCUGCAAUAACCUGCAUAAUCCAGUUCAACAAGUCCAAACAGAAACUGAUAAACUUUCUUGGCCUUUCAGUGCCAUUGUCUGCCUAGACAACUGCGACUACCCUCUCCGGAGCUCUACAGGCCGCCAUGGCGUGGAGCCAACUUGAGCCAACGCCCGCACAUCUCACUUACGCGGUCCUAACCUUCUUUCUCCUGCUCUAUGCCGUCUUCUCGCUCCAAAUCCGGAAUCGCCUCCACCUUUCUGAGCCACCUCUCGCGACCGUCUUCGGAAUCAUCGUUGGACCCCGUGGCAUCGGCGUCUUGGAACCGUACGAAUGGGGAUUCGGUGACGGUGUGGUGCAUGAGUUCACGCGUCUCAUUGCGGGAAUUCAGUGCUUUGCUGUCGGCCUGGAGCUGCCCGAUGGUUACUUCAGAAGCAAGUGGAAGGAUGUCGCCAUGCUUCUCGGGCCUAUCAUGACGUUUGGAUGGGUGGUUUGCGCCGCUUUUAUUAUGAUUAUGUUUGAAACAGAUAUAGCGACCGCGCUUAUUAUAUCAGCAUGCCUUACGCCUACGGACCCGGUGCUCGCAGCCUCCGUUCUCUCCAACUCGCAAUUCAGCACCCGAAUACCCAAACGGAUCCGGGAUCUUCUUUCCUCAGAAAGCGGCUGCAAUGACGGCGUCUCGUUCCCGUUUCUCUAUAUCGGACUAAGCAUCCUGACCAAGGCUACUCUUAGGGGUAUUUUCAAGAAGUGGUUCCUGAUCACAGUCUUGUACCAAUGUGCUGUUGGCGUGAUACUGGGACUAUUCGUUGGCCACGUCUUCAACAGGAUAUACAGAUUCAGCUCAAGUCGCGAGAUGAUCGGGCGAGCAAGCUACCUGGCGUUUUACCUCCUACUGGCCGUAUUCUCAAUUGGACUAGCCUCGAUUUUAGGUGUUGACGACUUCCUAGUUGCCUUUUUCGCAGGCUUAGGGUUUUCCCACGGCGGCAAUUCUCCGACAGCGGAUACACGGCUUCCGGUGAUUAUUGAUCUGAUGUGCAACUCUACCAUGUUUGUUUUCUUCGGCGCAAUGAUCCCUUGGAAAUCUUUCAAUCACAUUGAGACCAUCACGCCGCUCCGUCUCCUUGGAAUCCUCGUUCUAAUCCUCUUGUUCAGGAGGAUUCCGAUCGUCUACUCGCUCUACAAAAUGAAGUGGCUUCCGAACGUCAAAACGACUACUGAAGCGCUAUUUUGCGGCCACUUUGGACCUAUGGGCGUUGGUGCCUUGUUUCUAGCCAUGGAGGCGAGGGCCCAGUUGGAGACCGACACGUCGCUGCCAUUACCGCAACCCCCGACUGAUCUACCGAUUGACAAAAAGAGGGCUGUGACCCUCGUUUGGCCCAUCAUAUCUUUCGUUGUUCUGGGGAGUAUAUUGGUGCAUGGCAUGAGCACACUGGCGAUCAGUGUCGGGAGUCAUUUUACGCGAAGAAAGGGAGAGCGAGCCCCGUUGAUUGGAGCGGAGAGGGAUCGGUUUAGUCGAAUGGUGUUUGACGAGGAUGAUGCGGAAGAAAGGGAGCGGAAUGAGGAGGAAGAGGAGGCUGAGUAUCGGACUUUUCUUCACUCGAGGACGUAGCGAAUUCAUGGUGCUAGCGCCAGAUACCAU